GAAGCAACGUGGCGCUGUUCAGCCCAUCUACGAAGAGGGAGAACUUUUGGGAAGGCCGGAGAUUCGUGGGGGGAAAAUCCAGUCUCUUUGCCCUGACACUCCGCAGGGUACCCAGGUCUUGCGUGUUCCCCUUGGGUUGCAAGGAUGCAAUACUAGCGGCUGCCUAUCGAAUGGCUGCAAAGGAAUCCGGGAUGCUAACUCCGGAUCCGGUGCCUGGGAGCGGAGCAGCCUCUCCCCGGGUGUGUUAGCCAAGCACCCGGCGUCGAAAUGCAAAGCGAGCCUCCCUUCCAGGCGCCGGCCGACAGCUAGAAAGCGGCGACCCGCUUGCUUUGGGCUUCGUGCCCAGAAGCCCUCCGGGAUUUCACUUUUGCCUGCGCGGUUGGAGUGGGAAGCAAACUUUUGGGGAGUUGAACUUUCGAUGCCUCUUCCGUCGACAUGGGACGUGCCUUGACGGUCUUGCUGUUGUCUUCGACCGUCUCACUGCUUGGCGGGUUGAUGUUUGGGUAUGAGUUCGGAAUUAUCUCCGGGGCUUUGUUGCAGCUGCAGCUGGACUUUCAUCUUGGCUGUUUUGAACAGGAAGUCUUAGUAAGUUCCUUGCUCCUUGGAGCUCUCCUGGCUUCUUUAGUAGGCGGAAUCUUCAUUGAUCGACAAGGAAGACAGCGAGCAAUACUAGUCAGCAAUGUGAUUUUGCUGUGUGGCAGCCUCCUUCUAACACUAGCCAGGUCAUUUGCUUGCCUGGUGUUUGGGCGCAUGAUGGUAGGUUUUGCAGUAUCUCUGUCAUCCAUGGCAUGUUGCAUCUACGUCUCUGAAAUGGUGGCCGCGCAUCAACGAGGGGUACUGGUUUCCCUCUAUGAAGCCGGCAUCACAGUGGGCAUCUUACUCUCAUAUGCUCUGAAUUACGUCUUUUCGGAUACGACGGAGGGCUGGCGAUAUAUGUUUGGAUUGGCUUUGGGUCCAGUAGCCGUUCAGUUUCUCUGCACCCUGUUCCUCCCAAAGAACUCAGUUAAGUUGAACGUAUGCAGCAGCGAGGCUCGCAAAAGCCUCAUUCGGCUGGAGAAGAACGAAGAGGGGGAAGAUGUAACGCCGCAGUGCCCUAAGGAGAAACAUUACUCUCUUGUGGACCUUCUGAGAUCAAGGGACAACAUGAGGAGCAGAACUCUAGUGGGCCUCGGACUGGUGCUGUUCCAGCAGUUCACAGGGCAGCCCAAUAUUCUCGGUUACGCGUCCAAAAUCUUCCGCUCCGUAGGCUUUCAGAGUGACUCCUCUGCAGUCCUGGCUUCCGUUGGCUUGGGAGUGAUGAAAGUGGUUGCUACUUUAUUUGCAAUGGUUUUGGCAGAUAAGGUUGGCCGGAGGGUGCUGCUGAUGGCUGGGUGCACAGUGAUGGCUUGUUCAGUCAUGGUAAUUGGCUUGACCAGCUGCUCCAUUCCUUUCGAUAUGGCCAAAGACUGUGAAAUGCUCACAGGGUCAAACAACACUUUGUUUGGCUCAGUUCCUUUCCCAACCACAUCAAUGUCUCCUCAGCCAAAUAUAUCAUACUUCCUGUUGAAUGACAAAAUUAAAGCAGAUCCAUCUUUUGCUACCAUGAGACCAAAAGGAUUUACCAAAACAGUGUCCAGUGAUAACCACAGAGGCAGAAUGGCAAAAGUUCCCUCACGCACUGAAAAAGCGGGCCUGCUAGGUCCAUCCAGUGAAGGAGAGGAACCCAACACUGGCUCAUCUGUUGCCGAGGUACUUUCCAAGGAACGGAUUAUUCUCAACUGGAUUACACUGCUAAGCUUGAUGGCUUUUGUGAGUGCAUUCUCCAUUGGAUUUGGGCCAAUGACAUGGCUUGUCCUCAGCGAGAUCUAUCCUGCUGCCAUUCGUGGAAGAGCCUUUGCCUUCUGCAACAGUUUCAACUGGGCUGCUAAUCUGUUGAUCAGUCUCACGUUCCUUGACCUCAUUGAUGCCAUUGGUUUAUCAUGGACAUUCCUUCUCUAUGGACUAGUGGGAGUGUUGGCUGUUAUAUUUAUUUACCUUUUUGUACCAGAAACCAAAGGACAAUCCCUAGAAGAAAUAGACCAGCAGUUCUCAAAGAAGCGGUUGUUGCAAGGAAAUUUUUUCUGUCUGAAAAUGUGUAACAGAAGAGAGAUCCACGCACGUGCUCAUUACCAAAGAGUAGACCGUUCCAGUGCAUUUUGAGGGAACAUUUGUGAACACUGCCACAUGUGGACAAGAAACAUCAGUAGCAGAGUGUUUAUUACUUCCGUAUUGGAAGUGAUGUGAGGAACUGCACAAAGGAAAAAUCUGUACUGCUCUGCUCUGCUCAUUGGGGUGACAUCACUUCCUUUAAACAUGAUACUCUGUUAUACAUAACAUCUAGAUCCUGAUUCCUUGCAUGCCUUGAAAGGUUUCUGUUAAGAGGAACCAUAGUCGAUGUCCUCUGAUGGUCUGCAAAAUAGAUUUCUUUUAUAAGCAUUUCAUAAAUAAAACAUAACUUAUGACAAUGA